AUGAGGUUUGCCAGACAUGCUGCUAGUUUCCACGGAGUGGCAGCGGAUGAAGAGCAUGGUCACGAGGUGCAUCAGCUGUUCGAGAGUUACGAGAAGGUGUUUGAAGACGUCAUUGCGACCUUCCUCCACGAAGAACAGCUUACUCCCGACGAGUCCUUUGCGCAUUGUCGGGUGUUGCAGCGAAGUCCCAAGCACGAGGACGCGACGGGAAAUCUACAGCUUCUGCUGUCUGCACUGGAUUUUGAGGCUUUCUGUGAGCUCAUGACACAAGAAGCGAUUCAAACACAAAUCGCACUCAAAGAGGCAGAAGAUAUGGGGCUGUAA